AGCGGUCGGUCGCUGCGCCCGGCCGGGCUCUUUCCCCGUGACCCAGCUCCUCUUCCUCAGGCCGAGAUCCUCUGUGUCUCUCCGGGAACCCCUGGUCCAAACCCCUCGCAACGACAUGGAAGAAUUUAUGCAACGCGCCAAAUCUAAACUGAAUCGAAGCAAACGGCUGGAGAAGGUUCAUGUGGUUAUUGGACCUAAAUCGUGUGACCUAGAUUCUCUCAUUUCCUCCUUCACAUAUGCUUACUUUCUAGACAAGGUCAGUCCUCCAGGGGUUCUCUGUUUACCAGUGCUGAACAUACCAAGAACCGAAUUCAACUACUUCACUGAGACAAGGUUUAUUUUAGAAGAGCUAAAUAUCCCUGAAUCAUUCCACAUAUUCCGGGAUGAAAUUAAUCUGCAUCAGCUAAAUGAUGAAAAGAAGCUGUCUAUAACACUUGUUGGCAGCAGCAUGCUGGCAAGUGAGGACAAAACUUUGGAAUCAGCAGUUGUCAAAGUCAUUAAUCCUCUGGAGCAGAGUGACGCCAGGUUUGAGUUCCGAGAGUCUUCCUCUUCCCUGGUGCUGAAAGAGAUUCUCCGGGAGGCUCCUGAGCUCAUCACCGAGCAGCUGGCUCAGCUCCUCAGAGGUAGCAUUCUUUUCAAGUGGAUGGCCAUGGACUCAGAGAAGAUCUCAGAGAAGCAGGAGGAAAUUCUCACUGUCCUGGAAGAAAAAUUUCCUAACUUGCCUCCAAGAGAGGAUAUCAUUAACAUCCUCCAGGAGACCCAGUUCAGUGCUCAGGGUUUAAGUAUCGAACAGACAAUGUUGAAAGAUAUAAAGGAACUGUCAGAUGGAGAAAUAAAAGUGGCCAUCAGCAAUGUGAACAUGAACCUUGAGAAUUGUCUGUUUCACAGCAAUAUCACCAGUGAUUUAAAAGCAUUUACAGACAAGUUUGGUUUUGACGUCCUCAUCCUGUUUGCCAGCAGCCUGUCAGAGGAGCAGCAGCCAAAACGACAGAUUGCUGUGUACUCUGAGAACUUAGAGCUGUGCAGUCAGAUUUGCUGUGAGCUGGAGGAGUGUCAGGAUCCUUGCUUGGAACUGGAGCCCUGUGAUUGUGGCUGUGAUGAGAUCCCGGUGUACCAGCAGGAGGACCCUUCGGUGACUUGUGAUCAAGUGGUUCUCCUUGUCAAGGAAGUCCUCAACAGGAGGUGUUCGGAGAUGGCCUCCAACAGCCGGACAUCCUCAACAGAAGCCGUGGCAGGCAGUGCUCCCCUCUCCCAGGGAUCUUCCGGGAUUAUGGAGCUGUAUGGUUCUGACGUAGAGCCUCAGCCCAGCUCUGUGAAUUUCAUUGAAAACCCUCCAGAUCUCAAUGAUUCUAACCAGGCUCAGGUGGAUGCCAACAUAGACCUCGUUAGCCCAGACAGUGGGUUGGCCACCAUUAGGAGCAGCCGUUCAUCUAAGGAGAGCUCAGUUUUCCUCAGUGAUGACAGCCCAGUUGGAGAAGGAGCUGGGCCUCACCAUAGCCUCCUUCCAGGGCUUGACUCCUAUAGUCCCAUCCCUGAAGGGGCAGUAGCAGAGGAGAAUGGUCGGUCUGGAGAACCCAGUGAACACUUUGACCUCUUCAACUUUGACCCAGCUCCUAUGGCUUCUGGGCAAUCCCAACCAUCUUCCCAUUCUGCAGACUACUCCCCAGCAGAUGACUUCUUCCCCAACAGUGAUUCAUCAGAAGGACAGCUCCCUGCUGGGCCUGAAGUGCUUGAUGGGAUGGGGAUCAACAUGUGUAAUCAUUCAUCCAGUUCGCUUCUGUCAGGGCCUGGCAAAGAUAACCUUGUGGAAUUUGAUGAGGAGUUUGCUCAGAGACAAGAAAGUCCUAGACAUAACUCUGAAAGAAAUUUGAGCUUGACAGGUUUUGUGGGAGAUAAUUCUCCUUCACCAGAAAGGCUAAAAAAUAUUGGAAAGAGGAUCCCACCAACACCUAUGAAUAGCUUUGUAGAAAGUUCACCAUCUACUGAAGAACCAGACUCGCUCUAUCCAGAAGAUACAGCUCAAAAAACAAUCAACACAGGUCACAUGGGGCCACCUCAGACCCGUGCACGGUGCAGCAGCUGGUGGGGUGGUUUGGAAAUUGACUCCAAAAAUAUUGCAGAUGCUUGGAGUUCCAGUGAACAGGAGUCUGUCUUCCAAAGCCCUGAAUCAUGGAAAGAUCCUAAGUCAAGCUCAGUUGAUAGAAGAGCCUCAGAUUCUAUAUUUCAACCAAAGAGUCUUGAAUUCCCAAAGUCAGAUCCCUGGGAGCCUGAAUUUGGUCAGCCGAAACUAGGUAGCAAUGAUAAUCAAGACCCAAAUGAAGAAAGCUUGCAGUUUCAGAACCUACCCACAGAGAAAUCACAUUUGCCAGAUGCUUCUCCCAGGGGAACAAACCACCUGAUAGAAGACUUUGCUGCUUUGUGGCAUUCAGGUCACUCUCCCACAGCGAUGCCUGAGCCAUGGGGAAAUCCUACAGAUGAUGGUGAACCAGCAGCUACAGCAGCAUUCUCAGGCUGGAGUGCCUUUGGUAAAGAAGAUAAUGAUGAAGUUUUAAAAAAUACCUGGAAUCUGCACCCAACCAGUGGUGAGAAACCUUCUGUGAGGGACCCCAAUGAGUGGGCCAUGGCAAAGAGUGGGUUUUCUUUUUCUUCAGAAGACCUACUGGACAAUUCACCCAGUGAAACAAAGAAUGAAGCAGCUCCAGAAAUGUGGGGCAAGAAGAACAAGUCUAGGGAUAAUGUCCUAGCACCUGGAAAUCCCAGUUCUGAUCUGGGUCACACAUGGAAUAAUUCUAAGCCACCAGAGGCUGAUCCAAAUGGUUUAGUAGAUCCCAAAAGUAGGGGGAAGGUAUAUGAAAAAGUAGACUCCUGGAACCUUUUUGAGGAGCAUAUUAAAAAAAGAGCAUCUGAUAUCCCAGCUCCUUGGGAAGAUUCCUUCUUAUCCUAUAAAUGUUCUGAUUACAGUGCAUCGAACAUGGGAGAAGAUUCGGUCCCUUCCCCCUUGGACACCAACUACUCCACCUCUGACUCCUACACUUCACCAACAUUUGCUGGGGAGGAGAAAGAAACUGAAAGCAGGCCAGUGGCUAAAGAAGAAGGUUUUGAGUCAAAAGAUGCUAACUCUACUGCUCAGGAAGUCGAAACUUCUCCUCUGUCACUGCGGCAGCCGCCUAGAGAUCGGAUCAUUUCAGGGCCUGCGAACCUAGACAUGUGGGCUUCCCCGCAUGCAGAGAAUGUCUCGGAAACAAAUGCUGCCCACUACCUGGAUAAAAAUUUACUCAAGACAGAGCACACGGAUGGUAAGAGCAUCUCCACAGAGGACGACAUGGGGGAAAGCAGCCAGUCCAGUUACGAUGACCCCAGCAUGAUGCAGCUUUACAACGAGACAAACCGGCAGCUGACGCUUCUGCACAGCAGCACCAACUCGCGGCAGGCGGCCCCCGACUCGCUCGAUUUGUGGAACAGAGUGAUUCUGGAGGACACGCAGUCCACGGCCACCAUCUCUGAUAUGGACAAUGAUCUGGACUGGGAUGACUGUAGCGGGGGUGUGGCGAUCACCAGUGAUGGCCAAGAAGAAGGAUACAUGGCCGAUGGCUCGGAACCAGAUACCCGGUUUUCAGUGAGACAGCUGGAACCCUGGGGCACGGAGUAUCAGGAAGGUAAUCAGGCAGACUGGGAAGCCCCUGCCUCUGCUGAGCACCCCAGGGAUGCCACUCCCAACCAACCCCGGGAGCUGAAUGAGAAAAGUGGACAGCUGAUUGCCAACAGCAUUUGGGAUUCCGUCAUGAGAGAUGCAGACACGUCCUCACUCAUGUUACCCGGCUCAUCAGAUGUUACAGUUUCAGAACAAAGCAAAUUACCUCCUGAAAUGACCAGCCUUGCUGCAAAUGCUAAGGGUGCUUGCCCCCCAGAUGUGCCGGAAGCCUCUGGAACCAGUGAGUCAGGAGCACUUACCCCUCUUCUUGACCUCCAGGAAACACGGAGGGAGACCCUGCAAAGUGAUAUGGUAUCCUUGGGGACCACGUUUGAGAAUCCAGGACAUUUUGCAUGGAAAGGUAAUAGCUAUGGACAAAGUGAGAGUGAGGAGGAGGCCAGCAGAGCCCCUGACAGGGGCAGCCCCGAUGAGGAGGAAGCCUUAGGCCCUGGGGUGGGUAGCAUCUUGAGCAUUUCUGAAAAAGGGCAAAGUGACCAGGAACUCUCUUCCCCAGUGGCAUCUGACCAUCAAAAAAUCUGUGGUGAAUCAGGCAAAAUCGGCUCUCUUUCAGUCACUUUCAGUCCUCAAACUGAGGAACCAGAGGAAGUCUUACUGUUUGAGGAGUCUUAUAAUCGAGACUGCUGCAAUACGCAAACAGAAGCAUCUGCAGGCAACCUGCAGGCAAAAGAUGCCUACGAAAAGGACUUCACGAGUCACAGCAAUUCAGAAGCAGCCACUGACAGUUCAAGUGAGAUAAAUCUAACAAAAAAUGUAUCCUUACCUGAAAUGGAUCUUGAGGAAACAAAAGAAUGUGACAUUCUGGAGCCAGAGAGAGUGAACGCAGAGCACCCUCAUGAAUUUCCCCGAAGCCUUGACAUUCAGGAUGGCCCUCUAGACAGUCCCACGCAGGUCAGUGGCACAAGACCUGAGAUAACUGAGAGUCUUGAAGUUAAGGAGACUGAGAACAGUCUUCCAAGAGCAAGUUCACCUGGAAGUGAUGACAAAGGUAGUAUGUCUACUGAGUAUUCUCAUUCAAGUGCCUCAAGUCCUGACCUCAAUGAUUCUUCAGCUGCAUUGACUUCCUGGGGCCAACAGCCCCCUACUGAGCAUCAGGAAGAGAACAGAGAUAACUGGAGUGAGCAAAAUUGCCAAGAAGCUAAACUAAUUACCAGCACUGAUGGCCAAGUAGAAGUAAUUACUGAAAUGAAGGAUUUAGAGAAAAACAAAAUGGAUGAGUUUGAAAAGAGUUUUGAUAACAAAGUUCCUAAAUUUUUAGAGAUUUGGAAUGACUCCCUUGAUGGUGACUCCUUAUCCUCUUUAUCCAGCCCUGAAAUAGGUAAAUAUUCUGAAUAUAUAGGUGCACAUCAGGAAAGAAAUCUAAUGGCUAGUCCCCAAGAGGAAAAUGAACAUGACAUUCCUGCAACCAUGCAGCCAGAAGAUGCCAAGGUCAUUUCAAACAGCUCUGGUUCUGAUGACGGUGGCGAAGAGUCAGUGGAGGAAGAGACCCAUUUGGCCACUUGCCAUAUUGCUCAGAGUGAACCCAGAGUUUGGGAUUCAACAAAUGAAUCUAACAAUAAGUUCUUGGCGACAGUUGAUCCCAAGUCUGAGGAAUUUUCUGACCAUCUCGGCAGCUCAGAACCAACAGAGAAUAAGAUUAAGUCAAACCCAGGCAGUGAUGAUCCACAAAGCAGCCCUGAUCACUGGAAUUUUUCACCACUAAUGGAAACUGAAAUACAGGUUACAGCAGCAGUGGAGGAGACACGCUCUUCUCCAGAAACAAGGAAGGCAGGAGAUGUUACAUGGCACGUGUCUCCCAAACCUGGACCAAAGAAUGAAGAUAAUUCUAAGCUAGAAAUGCUGGACUUCUCAGCCAAGAGCAGCAAGUGGUGGGAGGCCUCAUGGCGGGAGCACAGACCACCUGAGAGUGUCUUGGAAGGCAAGCUGUCUGACUCCAGUGGUGUGUUAGAGAUGAAUUCUUCAGGGCACCAGAAUGUAGGUCCCUGGGGAGUGCCCCUUCAGGGUGGUACCCAGUCCUUGGAUACACACUGUACCAAUCCUUUCAAUGACGAACAUCAGUCACCCUCUCUGGAUGGUGACGGGGAGAGCUCCCAUGACAAGCUUUGGAACAUUCAACCAAGGCAGCCAGACCCAGAUGCUGAUCAGUUUAGCCAGCUUGUGAUAUUGGACCAAAUUAAAAGAAAUGACUCAAGAGAACAAACCUUUGUGCCUUCAGCUGGUGAUGAAGUCACUUCUGAAACGCCUACCCAAGAGCAGCAUCAGGGUACCACUCUGUCAGUCUGGGAUCAUCCAGACCCAGCAUUUACUCACACCAGUGAAAAUGGAUGUGUUUUAUCUAUUGUUCCAACUAUUGAAACAAAUUGGCGGGAACAAGAACAAUCAUGCCUCAGUGAAGUGACAAAUUUGAGCGUCGCCACAGAAAAUUUCCCUGCUGUCAGUUCUCCCACUCAACUGAUAAGGAAUUCAGGCUCUGAAUGGGACAGCUCUAGCCCUAGUAAGGACCCCCAAGGUACCUUUGUUCCAGAUAUUUUGCAUGACAACUUUCAAGAGAGCGGGCAGUUGGCCUCAGCUUCACCUGACUUGUGGACGGAUGCCAGGCAGCCCUUCAGUUUGAAAGCAGAUGGUGAGAACCCUGAUCUACUGACUCACUGUGAGCAUGACAACGAUUCUCAGGCUUCCCAAAGCCCUGAUAUAUGUCAUGACUCUGAGGCGAAGCAGGAGUUUGAGCAGCGCAUCAGUGCUUGCAUGGGACCUGACGAGGGGCCCGGUGAGCUUUAUCUCACUGAGCCAGAGAAUGAUGAAGAGCCAAGUCAGCAGCCCGGGCAGGAAUUGGUCCCCUACAAUCCCAAACUCUAUUCUGAAAAUGCAAUUCCAUUGCCUCCAAUUGGCAAUCAAACAGACAUAAAUUGCUUCUCCCAGCAUGCUGCCGAGAAAGGUUCUCCCGAACCUUCUAAAAUAAGUGGUGUCAAUAAUCUAGGUUUAAAAGCAUCAGAGAUAGGAACCAGUCCAGAUGUAGCACCAAUUUUGGAACCUGUUGACAGAACAAGCCCAAGGAUGGAAAAUAUGGGAGCCAGCAUUUUUGUUACUCACCAAGAGACACCUGUGGAAGGAAAUGCUUCCUGGAUAUCAGAGGGCUUGUCUCCGGAGAGUCAGACAGGUGCAGAAGCCUUAUCUAAUGGUGAACCACCUUUUGCUUCUGAGAAUCCUGCCACAGUUACUGAUGCUUUGCUAGCUUCAGACACUUGUCUGGAUGUAAGUGAAGCUGCCUUUGAUCACAGUUUCAGCGAUGCCUCUGGUCUCAACACAUCCACCGGAACAAUAGAUGACAUGAGUAAACUGACAUUGUCAGAAGGCCAUCCCGAAACCCCAGUUGAUGGGGACCUUGGGAAGCAAGAUAUCUGCUCUUCCGAAGCCUCGUGGGGUGAUUUUGAAUGUGAAGUAAUGGGCCAGAACAUUGAUGAAGAUUUCCUGAAGGAGCCCGAACACUUCCUCUAUGGUGGGGACCCUCCUUUGGAGGAAGAUGCUCUGAAGCAGUCGCUGACACCGUACACACCUCCCUUUGACUUGUCCUAUCUCACAGAACCUACCCAUGGUACUGAAACAGCAGAGGAAGCUGGGUCACCAGAGGAUGAGUCCCAGGGGAACAAAGCAGCCGAGAUAGUUCUUUCUGCCCUUCCUGAUCAAAACAAUGCUGAGACCAAAAAUGGACAGCCUGGACCCCAGCUGGUUGUGCUGCACAUUGAUGAAGACCCUGAGUCCGUUCCUUUGCCUGUAGAAACAGGCUCCACUGUUGUCUCUCCAUCAAACUUUGACUGGGAAGUAGAAACGGAUAAUUCUGAUUCACCAGCAGGUGGCGACAUAGGACCACCAAAUGGUGCCAGCAAGGAAAUAUUAGAGUUGGAAGAAGAAAAAAUAAUUCCUACCCAAGAGCCUGAACAGAUAAAAUUCAAACACGAGGAGGAAAGACGCACAGAGAAGGAUAGAGAUAACCACGUCCUGCACAUGGAUUACAUACUUGUAAACCAUGAAGAAAAUUUACCCUUGAAGCCAGGGGCCUGUGAAGCAAGACCAAGCAUCUCUGAAUUAGGAGAGUUGUAUAGAGGUUCCGAAGAAACGGGGCUGCCUGGAACUCAAUUAGCAAGCUUCCCAGACACGUGUCAGCCUGCUUCCUUAAAUGAAAGAAAAGAUCAUUCUGCAGAGAGAAUGUUUUCCAAACAUGACGAGAGAUUAUCUUUUGAGAGCCCUGUGCAAGAUCAGAGUUGGAUGGUCUUGGGCCAUGGUGAGGCUGGCAAUCUUUCGUCAGAAGAAGCCAGGGAUGGAGGGACUGCAUGGCCUGGCAAGACUGUGGAGCCAUUCCCUGAUCUUGGCAUGAACAAGGCCCCCCAGAUGCAAGUUUUGGGAGAAAUAAAGCCUCUAGAAUCUUCAGCACUAGAGGAAGCUUCUGGUCUGACCAGCCAAUCACGGAAGAACAAGAGCCACAGCAGGGCCAGCCCGGAUGCUGUUAUACUGCAGCCUGUCACCCAUGACAAUGAAUGGGAAAUGCUUUCACCACAGCCCUCUCAGAAAAACAUGCUCCCUGACACGGAAAUGGAGGAGGAGACUGAGUUCCUUGAGCCCAGAACCAGGAAACCAAGAUCAAAUGGACUGUCUUCAGAGGAUGUAGGAAUGGACAUCGCCUUUGAGGAGGGAAUGCUGAGUCCUGGUGCUGCAGAGAUGAGGCCUGAACCUCCUAAUUCUCUGGAUCUUAAUGGCAGUCAUCCUCGGCGAAUCAAGCUCACAGCCCCAAAUAUCAAUCUCUCUCUGGACCAAAGUGAAGGAUCUAUUCUCUCUGAUGAUAACCUGGACAGUCCCGAUGAAAUUGACAUUAAUGUGGAUGAGCUGGACACCCCUGAUGAAGCAGAUUCUUUUGAGUACACUGGCCACGAAGAUCCCACCACCAACAAAGAUUCUGGCCAGGAGUCAGAGUCUAUUCCAGAAUAUACAGCGGAAGAGGAGCGAGAGGACAACCGGCUGUGGAGGACAGUGGUGAUUGGAGAACAGGAGCAGCGGAUUGACAUGAAGGUCAUCGAGCCCUACAGGAGGGUCAUUUCUCAUGGAGGAUACUAUGGGGACGGUCUAAAUGCCAUCAUUGUGUUUGCUGCCUGUUUUCUGCCAGACAGCAGUCGGGCGGAUUACCACUAUGUCAUGGAAAAUCUUUUCCUAUAUGUAAUAAGUACUUUAGAGUUGAUGGUAGCUGAAGACUACAUGAUUGUGUACCUGAAUGGUGCGACCCCAAGACGGAAGAUGCCAGGGCUGGGCUGGAUGAAGAAAUGCUACCAGAUGAUCGAUAGACGGUUACGGAAGAAUUUGAAAUCAUUCAUCAUAGUUCACCCAUCUUGGUUCAUCAGAACAAUCCUUGCAGUGACACGACCCUUUAUAAGUUCAAAAUUCAGCAGCAAAAUUAAAUACGUCAGUAGCUUGGCGGAACUCGGUGGGCUCGUCCCAAUGGAUUGCAUCCACAUUCCAGAGAGCAUCAUCAAGUACGAUGAAGAAAGAUCUUAUAAGAGAAGCGUGAGACUGGAUGAAGAACUGAGAGAAGCAUCAGAAACAGCUAAAACUAGCUGCCUUUACAAUGAUCCAGAAAUGUCUUCUAUGGAGAAGGACAUUGACUUGAAGCUGAAAGAAAAGCCCUAGUUGGCCAGGCUGGAAGAAGAGGCUGCUUCUCCACCUCGUGGUUCUGCUGAAACAUUAUCUACCUGGAAAAGACAGGGCUGAUGCUACCCUUUUUCCACUUUGCACUAUCUGGUGCCCUAAAUUUCUAAGGGGAGGUAUAGAAAGUGAAUGUGUUUACUCUUAACAUGUUUUAUGAAAUUGUGUGUACUUUCCUAUUUUGCCAAUUAUGUGCCUCGAAGAUUUUCGUUGAACCUUAGCAAGGAAGUAGGACCUUCCGUUUCAAUAUUUCACUAACCCCUGGUACAGUGGUGUUUCAUCCGGUAGACCAGUGUUUACCAGUAAAAUAUCUUACAUCUGUGUUAGGUACAAGUGGAUAUGAUUCCAUAGAUCAGCUGGAUUUCUCUCUGGUUUGUUUGAAUUGUUUAAGGUUUGAAGGACACAGGGCCCAGCUCUUCCCAGAAAAAUUGCCCUCAUGUAAUCCAUCUUCAAAAUCCUAAUCUUGUUCACGGCAGCCAUAAGCCAGACACCCAUGUAAACUGAUCAUCCCCUAAGUGCCCACAUUCGUUCUUGCUCUGCUGAAUUACUUUUACUUUCUCGAGGGAUGCCAGGCUUUCUAACUGACAUCAAUUUUAUUUUAGUUAUCAAGCUGGGCUUCAGGUUUUAUGUAAAUUUGUCUUUUUAAAAAAAUCAUGAUUUCUCCAAUGAAUGUUUAUAACUUUCCCAUUGUGAAACCUAAGGAUCAGUGUCAGGCUUGGUACCUGUCUCUUCGGGCUGUAACUCUUGCUCAAAAUGUUACAUUUUAAGUGCCAAGAACUCAGUAUGGGGUGGCCUACUCAAGAAUGAUUUAGUAACACUCAGUUACCCAAAUUUCUCUCUCACAUGCAUUAUUAAAAAGAUCUGUUUUAAACACUAACCUGAGAACAUGCUUAAAAAUAAAUCCAAGUACAUGCUAUCAUUUGCAAAAUAUUUCCUCUAUGGUCUUCAUAUGCCCUUCAACAAUGCCAGCGUGAUUUCAGAUCUGUGGCUCUCUAGCAGAGGGCUUGACAAAAUCCAGCUCACGACCGCAAGGGAAGAAUGGUUUUUACAUUUGGGGUUGGAAAAAUUUUUUUUAAUUUUUCAUGACACAUGAAAAUUACUCAAAUGUUAGUCUCCACAGAUGAAAUGUUAUUGAAACAGCCCCACGAAUUUGUUUUCAUGCUGUCCGUGGCUACUCUCACACUCUUGAGGCAGAGCUGAGUAGUUGUGAAAGACCACACGGCCCGCAAAGCCUAAAACCUUUACUAUCUUGACAAGACGUUUGCCAUCCCCUGCUCUAGCAAAUACAUCGUUCUCACUCCAUCUCCUAUUACUGUGUAGAUAGUUUCUCUAACAGAAUGGACAGGUGAGGCUGCAAAGUAAUUGAUUUUUUUGACAUCCAGAGACAAAUGUAUUAUAUGGUCUGCUGGAAAAGACAAGGAGCCCACGCCACAGAGGUGCGACUCAGAAUGUAUCAUAAGACCCAAGUGAAGCCUUCUCAGAAGCUCCGCUUUAGCUAUUUAGAGGCGUUGCCAGAGUCUCCCCUUCACUCUGGGAACCAUUGUUAGUCUCCAGGGCCUCCUAUUCCAAAUAAACUGGCAAAAUGCAAGCAGAGAAGGUCACCAUCUUCCCCUAACGGUAACUACAUCGGGAAGAGGUGUCUGGGAUACUUUGAGCCCUGAGUCUGAGGGACCCUGAACUGCUUUGGAGCGGCCAUCUGUGCACAGGUGAUUGAGUCUCUCUGGCCUCAUUUGCUUUAGUCUCCCCACCUCCGUCCACACAUGCCCUCACGCACUCCCAGGUCAGCCGUCUUUCCUCCAUAAGCCUCCAUGGUCACUGUUUUCCCCUCUUGGCCCUUUCAGCCUCCUGUCGUAUUGAACUGUGUGUUGUCUUGGGUCUCCUUUCUCGUCACCUCAGCUCAUCUGACAGACACCCUGGAGCCCACCCUCUCUCCCAGCCCACCUUCACUUUUGGAAGCCCAAAUUGUGUCUCUGCCAGAACACAAUGUUGACAUAAAUGCGGUGACCCAGUAUUCCGGUUUGUUCAACUGUUGACCACUUUCACUCGGUAGUGGCCCAUUUUGGAAAAUGAAUUCCAUGAGCACUCCAGUCAGAAGAAGGAAUGAAGAAUCCCACGUUCAGUUUAGUGGUUAAGACCUGAGGGCAUUGACCUGUCAACCAGACACAGCAACCGUCUUACCAUUCGUGUUUAUUUUUUCUGAACUUGUCCAGACCAUUCUGGUGAUAUUGCUGUCUGAAGCCUCAUCUUCCUACACAGAAAUUAUGAGCAUCUUUGCCAAGCAAUGAUUUUGUGUGGGCUUUUCUGUGGUCUGCAUAACCACUCUGAUAUUUAGGCAUCUGCUAUUUUAUUGUCUUAAAAGGACAAAUUAAUUUAAUUGCAUGUGCUAGAGAAAAGUUACCAUAUAAAUUUAAUCCAAGUAAAUAGAACCCUAGACAAAUCCUGAAAAAACAAUCCCUAAGCGGAUAGGUAGACAUCUGUAAACAUUCACACCAUGCAGCUACCUACCCCAUGCAUUCUGAGCAUUCUUGCUUUGGUUCUGACUUCUGGGGACUGUUUUCCAAUUUUCCUGUAGAUUUGCAUUGAAGGGAACCAAGGGGUCAUUGGGACAUACGCAUUGUUUUCUCAAAGUGGCAAUUACUAUUUGCCCAGCUCCCUGAUGGAGAACAGAAUCUGCACAGAAUUUACUAUCAAGGAAUGAGAAAAUUUCUUUGAGGGCCAUAGAGGGUGUGGGACAAAACCCUGAAGUUCCUGUUGAAGCCAUACAAUGUUUUAUGGGCGACCCUCUAAAACAUGCCCUGGGAUGUGUGAGGAUGUCGCUACUCCUACCUUUGUUGUUAUGAUGUCAUUGUAAGUAUUCAGUUAUGGGGCUGUGUCUGCACCUCCUCUCUUCUCACAAUGCCUCCGUAGUUUGCUCCCUUAGAAACACUUAGAUAUGCACAAAUUAAUCUUUUAUAUAUUUAAAGGUUUUUCUAUCAUGUAUUUGAUUGCUCAGAAGAAAGUAUCUAUUAGACUUUGUUUUGGUAAAUAAAUAAAUUCUCCCUAAAUAAUGUGGAUUAAUAAUAUAAAAAAUAUGUAAUGACACAGUAUAUCUAUAUAGCCUCAGUAUAAUUCAGAAAUAAAAAAUGAUU